AUGAGAGAAGUCAUCAGUUUGAAUAUCGGCCAGGCUGGCUGCCAGAUGGCCAAUGCUUGCUGGGAGCUAUAUUGUCUUGAACAUGGAAUUAAGCCAGAUGGAUACUUGGUUGAAGGGCACGACAACUCAGACCAUAGCUUCCAGACAUUCUUCGCCGAAACAGGACAAGGAAAAUACGUCCCUCAAACGAUAUACUGUGACCUUGAGCCCAAUGUUGUCGACGAAGUUCGCACAGGCCCCUAUCGCAGCCUCUUCCAUCCGGAGCAGAUGAUCACGGGGAAGGAAGAUGCUUCAAAUAACUACGCUCGUGGGCAUUACACUGUUGGUAAAGAGAUGAUUGACCGAGUCGUAGACAAAGUACGCCGAGUCGCAGAUAACUGUGGUGGGUUACAGGGGUUUUUGAUUUUUCAUUCCUUCGGGGGCGGCACCGGCUCCGGCUUCGGUGCUCUCCUGAUGGAACGAUUAGCUGUGGAUUAUGCAAAGAAGACAAAACUCGAGUUUUGUGUGUAUCCCGCCCCCCAGAAUGCGACCUCGGUUGUCGAGCCAUAUAACUCAAUUCUUACCACCCACACAACUUUGGAGAACUCUGACUGCAGCUUUAUGGUUGACAAUGAAGCCAUCUAUGAUAUUUGCCGCCGGAGCCUGGGUGUGGAAAGACCAAGCUAUGAAAAUUUGAAUCGUUUGAUUGCACAAGUUGUCUCUUCCGUGACUGCCUCUCUCCGAUUUAGCGGUUUGUUGAACGUCGAUCUUGCUGAAUUCCAAACCAACUUGGUACCGUACCCUCGAAUCCAUUUCCCCUUGAUAUCAUAUGCGCCAAUAGUCUCGGCGGCCAAAGCUGCCCACGAAGCAAAUUCAGUACAUGAAAUAACAAUGGCCUGCUUUGAGCCUUCUACUCAAAUGGUGAAAUGCGACCCUCGAAGUGGUAAGUAUAUGGCUACAUGUUUGCUCUACCGAGGAGAUGUCGUUCCCAAAGAUGUGCACGCCUCCGUCGCAACUUUAAAGACAAAACGCACUGUCCAGUUUGUCGACUGGUGCCCCACUGGCUUUAAGAUUGGCAUUUGCAACCAGCCGCCACAAAUGGUUCCUAACGGAGAUCUUGCUAAGGUUAGCCGUGCUAUCUGCAUGCUAUCUAAUACCACUGCCAUCAGUGAAGCAUGGUCAGCCUUGGCUCACAAGUUUGACCUUAUGUUCUCUAAACGUGCUUUCGUCCACUGGUAUGUGGGCGAGGGCAUGGAAGAAGGUGAAUUCACCGAAGCUCGUGAGGACCUUGCUGCUCUUGAGCGCGACUAUGAUGAAGUUGCCAGGGAUUCUCCGGAAGAUAGACCGGAAGAAGAAUACUGA